AUGAAGAGACAAAGAUCACAGUCAUGGGAACCUUAAAGUUUUGAAAAUAGCGAAUUAAUACGUUAGCAAUCAGAAAGACCAAUAAAUGUUGAAAAUGUAUGAAAAAAUGAGAUAUAGAGCAUUUUUUCUAUGAUUGUGAAUCAUAAUGUUAUAAAGGAUAUUUCAAUUGUUGAUACAUACAAAGAGAUUGAUAACAUAUCGAUGCACAAAAAACAUUUUGUUAAUUACGUAAUAAAAAUUAAGACAGAUUACUUUGAUUAUACAAUAGCUAAAAGAUAUUCAGAAUUUGAAAAACUUUAUGAUUAGGUAAAUUUAAUGAAUGUUAAUUUAGAUUUCCAAUAUUUUACAUAAAUUGCCUAAAUUUCCAGAAAAGAAACUCAUAAAAUCUAACUCUAAAAAAAAUAUUGCUGAAAGAAGAGAAAUGUUAGAGUGUAAUUAUAUAAUCAAAUCAUAUACUAGAGUUACUGAAAUAUAUUUUAAGAAAUCUUAAUAAUUAAAUGCAUUACUUUUUAUACUUUUUAAAUAUAUAAUGUGAGCUAUAUUUAUUUAUGUAGAACAAUUUUUAAAAGGAGGUUUUGGUUAAAAUGUUAGACUUCAUGAAAUGAGUAAAGAUGAAUUUGGAUUAAGUGAUUUGAAAGAAGAAACUAAAUUAGUAGCAUCUAAUGAAUAAGAAAAAAUGGUUUUUCAUUAUAUAGCAAAAUUAAAUGAAAGAAAUGAUGAAAGAAGCAAAAUAUUUUAGUAUUUUUAUUUUCAUAAAAUAGAAAAAUGGAAAAAUAUUUUUUUGGAAAAACAUAACAUUUAGGAUCAUAAGUCUUAAAAUUUAUGUUAGUUGGUGAUGAUUAAAGAUAAAAAGGAAUUAUUGAAUUAUUAAAAAACACUUCUAAAGAUUUUUAAUCACAUAUAUCUUGUAUAAGUGGAAUGUAAUUCUUAAGGAAAAUGCUUGAAUAUGAUUUUAAUCCUUGUAAUCAAAAUAUAUUUAUGUAUUUAGAUGCUGAUUUCUUUUUAAAAGUUUUUGCUGAAGUAAGUAUCAAAUAACUUAAGAAAAUGGGUAUAUCAUUUCAUGUAUGUGGAACUAAUAAAUAACUAUGCAAAUAAGAUACCUUACUCUUAAUUUAUAAAUAUGUUAAAGUUAAUGAUCUAAAACCAGAAUUCAUAUCCUUUUUAGUAUUAUUAAUAUGAGUAAUUUAGUUAGAAGAUUAAGAAACCUUAACUGAAUUCUAAUAAUUUAAAGAGGCUUAUUAAUAAAAAAAGGAAGAAGCCUUUUAAUUCAUAGCAGAUAGUGCAGAGAAUUUGCAAAAAGAAACUGCUCCUAUUAAAUCAAAUUCAAAGGAAAAACUCAGUAUUCUAGAUUAAGAGCCUUCAAUAGAGUAGUUGAAAGAGAUUGAAUGUAAUCAAAGUAUUAUAUGGAAAUAAGUGCAAGGUAAUAAUUGACUAAAUAUUAGAAUAUGAUAAUCAUCUAAUCUAACACAUUUAAGGAUAAAUUGUUAAAACUGUACAUCCCCUUAAAUGUAGUCUAAAUAGAGCAAUUGAAUUAUUAACUUCAUAAAAACAUAAGUGGGUUAAAACAAUGGUUGUUAGAUAAAUUGUUAAAUAAAUAGAAGAUAAUAAAUAAAUAGUUGCAGAAACCUAUUUAUGGCAAGAUAAACAACUCUUUAAGAAAGUAGUCUUUUUUUCUGAAGAAACCUUAAUAAUUAAUGUAUACUAUUAUUUUUAUUAUUUAAGGAUGAUAAUUUUGAAAUUUAAAUGAAACCAGUUUUUGAUUGUUAAACUUAUGAAUAAUUUCAAAAAUGUGAUGAAACAAGUAUAAAAUAUUAAAUAAUAAAGGUUAAAAAUUAUAAGUGACUUAUGGAAUAUACAAGAAUGGUAUCACUACCGUAACAAUAAUAUAAAAUUUAUUUGAUAAAGUAUAAUAACUUCAAUAUACUCCUGUGCUUUUAAAAGAAGUAGAUUACUUUGAAAAAACAGUUCAAUAGCUAAAACUUUUAUAAACUGAGUGA